AUGGUAACAGCGACCAAAGCGAUACACUAUACCUUCUGCAGGAAGGCAAGUGUUGUGCCUAACUUCUGUGUGCAAGCAAACAGGAUCAAGGGUGACCGCUCCUUCCUCUGCAGUGACGGGUCGUAUAGGUUAGUGCGAGAGGCUCGGGAAGGCUUAAGUCUUCCCGACUUCCACGCCAAUUUAUUAGACCAAAAGAAGAAGAAGAAGAAGAAGAAGAAGAAGAAGAAGAAGAAGAAGAAGAAGAAGAAGAAGAAGAAGAAGAAGAAGAAGAAGAAGAAGAAGAAGAAAAGACAUAGCUGGGGAACAAAAUCAGGACAGGUCAAGAAUAUGAUGAAUCAAAAGACUCUAGGUUCGAUGACACGCUGA